CUUUGUUUAUAUUUUACUUGCGUGUAUUUUGUUGUAGAAACAUAAAAAUGUUGAAAAUAAAAUCUAUUAUGCCGUUUUUAUCAUCUUCUGUGCGAAAUCUGCACACAACUAAAAAAACAUUCCUAAAUCUCGUUCCCAUCGUAGUGGAACAGACCGGUAGAGGAGAACGUGCAUAUGAUAUAUUUUCGCGAUUGUUGAAGGAAAGAAUUAUCUGCCUUAUGGGUCCGAUUCAUGACGAUUUGAGCUCACUGAUAGUUGCGCAGCUUCUCUUCCUGCAGUCCGAGAACGGAACCAAACCCAUUCACAUGUACAUCAACUCACCCGGGGGAAGCGUUACUGCCGGGUUAGCUAUCUACGACACGAUGCAGUAUGUAAAGCCUCCCGUAGCCACAUGGUGCGUUGGCCAGGCAUGUUCCAUGGGAUCGCUGUUGUUGGCUGCCGGAGCUCCUGGAAUGCGACACUCUCUACCAAAUGCACGGAUUAUGAUACACCAACCGUCUGGUGGUGCGCAAGGCCAAGCAACGGAUAUUCAAAUACAAGCGGAAGAGAUACUGAAGCUUAAAAAGCAACUUACGGAAAUUUACGGAAAACAUACGAAAACAUCAGUCGAUGUUCUUUAUUCCAAAAUGGAAAGAGACACGUUUCUUAGCCCGGAAGACGCACAAGCACUCGGUAUCAUUGAUACGGUACUAGAACAUCCACCGUCUUCGACAGAGGCCACGUCGUAAAAUAAAUGGCUGAAUAUCCCUGCUGUUUUACGUUUGGUUUCAUCUAACUGCAUUUGACAAACAUUUCAAAUAAAUUAGAGUUUUUCUUAUUUUUGGGAA